GCUCGAACUCAUCUAUCCUCCUCUCGCGACUGCUGUCUACUCACGCUCCCUCCUCGACAAUAUACUCACUCCACCCAAUGCCAUCCCAGCAGCAGCACGACAUGGCCCUCCGCGCACUCAAGCUCACCGAGGUGGUGCCGAGGCUCCACCGCUCGGGCAUCCUUGAGCUGCAGCUGAACACUCCCUCAAACCUCAACGCCUUCGGCAGCCUGAAAUACUUGGAACUCAUCAAGGGCUUCGACUACGCUCGCGACCAGGAUGACAUCAAGGCCGUCAUGGUCACAUCCACUGGGCGAUUCUUCUCGGCUGGCGCUGCGCUCCAGCCCGGUGGCAUGCAGACCGAGGGCAAGGGACAAGGCAAGGGCGCUUCCGAGCUCUACGUUAACAUGCUCAUCGACUUCCCUAAGCUCGCCGUCUGUGUUCUCAACGGCCCGGCGUACGGCAUCACUGUGACUACCCUCCCCCUCUUCGACCUUGUUUACGCCGCCCCCGAGGUCUCGAUCACCACUCCGUUCUCGCGUCUCGGCAUUUGUCUCGAGGGCGCGUCCUCUGUCCUGUUCCAGCCUCUCUUCGGCUCCUCGCUUACCUCGCGCCUUCUUUACAUGGCCGAGACGAUCCCGCUCAAAGACCUCCUUCCGACCGGUAUGAUCGCUGAGGUUCUUCCGAAGGAGGGCAUCAACGAGGCUGUCGAGAAGAAGCUCGGGGCGCAGCUUGACGAGCUCGCCGUCAGCUCCAUCAUCACCUCCAAGGGCCUCGUGCGCUCCGAGGAGUACCGCGCGAACCUUCGCAAGAUCAACGAGAAGGAGAUGGCUGCCGUAGCUGAGCGCAUUGCAUCGCAGGAGCACAAGGACCAGAUUACGAAGUUCCAGGCAAGGCGUGCGGCCGAGAAGGCCAAGAAGGACGCCGCCAAGCUCUAAAACGAAGGGUGUACGGAUGAGAUGCAGUUCUUCACAUGGG